UGAAUAUAUUAAGUAGCAGGUAAUAAUAAAUUGUUGUUUUACGGUUUUCUUUCGUGUGUUUGUGCUUUAUUCAUUUGUUUAUCAAUACUAUCUAAUGUUUUAAUUAGUUUUUUGCAUAGCAAAAGUUAUCAUAGUGAAUGUUAAUCGUUAUUCAUGCUAAGCAGGUUAAUUUGUUUCUAAUUCAUUGGACGCCGAACAUAACCAUUCACCAUCAAGUACUAAACCAUGUAAUGAAGAAAGACAUUUCAUGACUGACAACAAAUCAAAAAAAAAAACACCACUUAACACACGUGAGGCAUUUCAAUGUUUUUAAUUUAAUUUGUUUGAAAUAAAAUAAUAGAAAUGAUCAACUUUAAAAAAUUUAUAAGCUCCAUGGUUUUGUCACUUUUGUUAAUAGUUUUCUGACAAGUUGUAUUAACCAUAAAUGAUUGUUUUGGUGUGCAUUAAUACAGUUUUCAUGUGUUUCUUCAAUACCGAAUUCUUGAUUAAAUACACUCAUGAUUAUUUGUUAACUUUACAUGGCAGAAAACGCCUCCAUUUCCAAUAACAGUGGUAUUGUGGAAUUCAACCACCAUUUAGUAACUGAACAAGAGACAAGGAUGAGUGGAUCUAAUAGUUGUGGAGCAUCAAUUGGUAAUCCAACUGCUAGUGUCGGCACUGUUAGUGUUUUAUUACCAAGUGGUGGUGGUGGUGGCGGAACUAAGCGCAGAAGUGCUCUUGGUAAUAAUAGUUCUCACAAUGUGAAUGGUUCCACUUCAAACUCAGCAUCCAUAUCUGCAGAUUUAGCAUCAUUAUUUGAAUGUCCUGUUUGUUUUGACUAUGUAUUACCACCAAUAUUGCAGUGCCAAAGUGGACAUUUAGUAUGUAGUACAUGCCGACCAAAACUUAAUUGCUGUCCAACAUGUCGUGGUCCAUUAGGAAAUAUACGAAAUUUAGCAAUGGAAAAAGUAGCUUCAACAGUCAUGUUUCCAUGUAAAUAUUCAUCAUCAGGUUGCCCUGUUUCAUUAUUGCAUUCUGAAAAAGUCGAACACGAAGAAUUGUGUGAAUGUCGUCCGUACACUUGCCCUUGCCCAGGUGCCUCUUGUAAAUGGCAAGGUGGAUUGGAACAAGUCAUGGAACACUUGAUGGUAGCACAUAAAUCUAUAACAACUUUACAAGGGGAAGACAUAGUGUUUUUAGCGACCGACAUAAACCUUCCUGGUGCUGUGGAUUGGGUUAUGAUGCAAUCAUGUUUUGGUCAUCAUUUUAUGCUCGUACUUGAAAAACAAGAAAAAUACGAAGGUCACCAACAGUUUUUUGCUAUUGUUCAAUUGAUUGGUAGCCGAAAACAGUGUGAAAAUUUUGCUUAUAGACUAGAACUUAAUGGACAUCGAAGACGUUUAGCAUGGGAAGCAACACCAAGAAGCAUUCAUGAAGGAGUUUCAACUGCAAUAUUGAAUUCAGAUUGUUUAGUAUUUGAUACAAGUACGGCACAACUUUUUGCUGAUAACGGCAAUUUAGGAAUUAAUGUUACAAUAUCAACAAAUGUAUAAGGUAAAGAGUUAACUUUACAUACAAAAUAUUGAAACUUGUAAUUAAAUUAAUUAACUUAUAAUAUACACUCUAUGCAUAUGACUAAUAUUCCUAAUAUAAAUAUAUGCAUGUAAAUUUAGUUUCAAUCAAUCAAUUGUGUAUUUUGGGUAAGUAGCAUAUUUUCAUAAUAUGAGUGUAUAUGUAUCUAUUUUGUCAUUGACAUAGUUUGAAAAAUGUUUAAAUCCAGAAUUUCAUCUGAAGAUAUGUAUUUUAAAUUUGAGUUUAUUAAGACUUCUGAGUAUGUAAUUUGUACAUCUCAUUUAACCUUUUAUCUUGGUAACAAUAAUAUUUAAUAAUUAUUUAAAUACAUUUUUAUUAUAUUUUUGUGAGUUUUAAUAUUCAUUAAAAAUUAUAUUUGAUGUUUAUUUAAGGUUACUUUUAUUUGUAAAUAAUAUAAAAACAUUCUUCAUUACAAAUAAUUAACUAUUGUCUUUUUAAUUGUAUUAGUUUAAAUUGCAGUUUUAACUACUUAGGUAUUUUAUUGUAAAAUUGUAAUUAUUUUAUUGUGUGUAUUUUAAUUUUCAACUAUAUACAUGAAUAUAUUAUUCUUAAAUUUAAAUGAUAUGCUUAUAAUAUUGUACUAUUUCUCAUGCACCAAAUUCAUAUAUAAUAGGUGUAUUCACAGUUACUAAAAUAAUGUAUAAUAGUGGAUUUAUAAGUUAAUAAUAGUGUUGAUUUUAUUAAGUCAAUGGUAUUAACUUCUAUGUAUAUAUUUUAUAAUAUUAUUCUAUACAUUACUUAUAUUAAGUGUAUCAUUUUUACAGAUAUUUGCAUUUUCAUGUUUUUUUUUAAACAGUUAAAAUAUGAGCUUGUUAUUGUUUCACACAUUAUGUAAACUAUAAAAUUCUGAGACAAAAAAAAAAAUUAAAUUAUUAAAUUAAUGUUGAAUUAUUUUAUUGUAUAAAUUACUCAUCAAAUAAUACAUUCGAUUCAGAUUUUAUUUCUUGUUAAUGAAUACUAAACAAAACAUAUUGAGGCUGUGUUCAAUAUUUUUGUAAUAAUAAUAUGAAAAAAAGUAGUUACACUACCAUUGAUUUGCAGAUUAUGUAUUUUAAUUGUAGGUAUUACUUAAUAAAUUGUAUUCACAGUAGGUUUUAUUUUUCUUGUUACCUAUUUGUGUUCAUUUUAUAAACUAUUCUAUUUUAUUUAGGUAGUUGUAAAAUACAAUAAUUUAGUUUUCUUUGUUUUAUAUAAUUGUCUACCUAUAACCUAAUAUGUGUGUGGAAUAUAAAAAUAAAUUAAAAUCAAUUGUAUAUAAAAAUAAUUAUUGAUUAUUAAUUUAGAGGUCAGUAUUGGUCAUUAACAGCUGUGUUCCAAGAUACUAUAUUUUUCUAUCUUCUAACUCCUUAGGCUUGGUAUGUAUAUAGUAUAAAAAAAAUGAAAAAAAAUGUAUAUACUUUGUCAAAUAAUUUUUGUAUACACAUACUAUAAAUAUGUAUACAGGGCUUGACUGAAAGAAAGCUGGGGAAAAGUAAAUAAAAAGAUUGGAAAAAAUCUUUAGGGGUUGAAUUUCGAAAAUCUGGCUAUGAAGUGUACAGAUCCAUUCAUUGGCUUCUUUAUUCCAAUUUGCAAAACUGCGUGUAAUAAAUUUGACUGGAUCUUAUACAAACAUUUUCUUUUAUUAAUACAGAUUUAUCACAUAUGUAUAUCAUUUAGUUUCAUUCAAUGUGAGUGUUCCUGGAAAUUGUCUUAUUCACCAUACUGUACAAUGUGACAAUAUCCAUAUUCUAAAUUUGCCUCUGAAUUAAUAUUAAUCUUAUAAAGUAGUUAAUUAUUUAGAUGUAGUCAGUCAGUCAUUGAUUGAGAUAAAUUUAAUUUAAUGAUUUUAAACAUUUUUUCUUUUAUAUGUUUAUAAAAUUUCAUAUUUAUUUCGUACAUAUUUGAAGGUAAAUUAAUUAAUAAAUAUGAUUAUAAUAAGAUGUAUUGUAUUUUAAUGUGCAAUUAGAUUUUGUUUUAAUUACUGAUUAUUAUGAUGGCAUUAUUAUAAACUAUUUAUUAUGUAUUCAAAUAAAUUAAUUUGUGUGCAUCUUUGAUUUUGUUUAUACUAUUUUUUAAUAUUUACAGACUACAAGUGUUCAAAUUUGUUACUUAUGUCUUUUACAACAUUAAUGUAGUAUACCUAUAUUAGUCAUUAGCUUUUUUAAAAUUGAUAUAAAAACAUAUUAGUAAAACUAUUAUUAUACUUAUAUUAUAUACACAUAUUUAUAAAAUGUAUUCAAAUUAAUCACUAUAUAAUUAAUUUUUAUAAUUAAUAUACAAUUUAAUAUAUAUAUAUAAUACAAUAUAGUCUCAAUAAUGACUAAAUUAGUUUGUGAACCAAAAAACGAUAUUUAGUAUAAAUUAUUACAUAAGUAUAGAAUUAAUAUAACAAUAUAAUUGUGCAAAUAGAAAGUAAUAAAUAGGUAUUAUGUGCAAUGCAAUGUUCAAGUUGCAGUGAAUUUGAUGUGUAAUCUAAUUAAUACAAUUAUGAUGUUUUAUUGAACAUUAUAUUAAAAAAAUUAUUAUUAGCAUUUUAAUUGUAAUAAUAAAAACUUAAAAAAAUAAUUUUUUUUAUAAAUUGUGAGUUUAUUAAUUGUCAACUAUUAUGAGUUAAAAUAUCAUAAUAACAUGGAUAAGGAAAUGGUUUAAUAUAAUUAUUGUAUGAUAUUUGUUACAUUAUUUAACAUGAUGGUUAAAUAUCGGAACAUUGACAUAUAUUUUAUAAUGUUCCAUAUUAUUACUUAAUUUAAUAUUUGUUCACCUAAUUUUUUUUAUAAAUAAUUAACAUAUUGGUAAUAUAUGUUUAUUAUAUCCAUAGAAUAAGAAUAUAUUAUAGUAUAUAAUUUUAUUAUUAAUAGAUAUUGCUGACUGAUGCAAAGGAAUUCAGUAUAUUACAGUAGUAUGACAUUAAUUAAUUAUAAUUAAUUGAUUAUAAAGAGGUGUUAAACAAUUAUUUUAUUUAAACAAAAUACCUAUAUAUAUAUAUAUAUAUAUAUAUAUAUGACUAUUUGAAUCUACUGGUCAUCAUAUAAGCUCUGC